ACUCGUGUAAAAUCUCAGAAUUUACGUAGUCUUUGAAUUUCAUGGGGGGGCAAAGUUCAAGAUCCCAAUUAAAGACUUUCAUCGCAUUACUAUUCAAAAAAUUAGAAUUCGCAGGCGUCGGUAAGAAAAUGUAAAACCGCUCAUCAAGUUUCGCGCCGAUGACAACAUCAGAUCAAUUGGGCAAUUUCCUCUUCACUUCCCGGCCUUCUUCAAGUCUUUAACAAGAGCUCCACCAAGGCCCGAUGAUGUUCGUUUGAUUUCAUUGGCGGAAAGCGGCCAUACUGACAUCAUCUGAUUUUGAAAUAGAAAAGUUUUAACAAAGAACUGGAACUUUCGGAUUUCUUCAGCUUUCAUGGAUUGAUGGUUUAGUAGAGAAAAUUUUUGAUGCCCAGUUUCAUGCUGAAACUUACUAAACUCAAAUGAGGGCACUGCAGCCUCUAAUUGAGAGCUCAGUGCUUAAUCUAUCAAGAGUGACAGCUGCAACCCAUUGCUAUGCUAUUAAAGCAGCAGUUAUUGGCGAUGUGUACACGGCCAAUAAGAUUAUUAAUGGUUAUAAAAAUUGCCGGGAUUUGGAUACUGCUCUCAAACUGUUCGACGAAAUGUCUUACCGGGAUACUGCUUCUUGGAACACCAUGAUAGCUGGCUAUGUGAAUUCGUGGGAUUUUUUAAGUGCCUGGGACUUGUACAAGUCCAUGAAGUUUAAUGGGUUCGCAUUUGAUGGGUAUAGCUUUGGCAGCAUUCUCAAGGGUGCUGCUGUCAGUGGUGGUCUAUCGGUCGGGAAACAAGUGCAUUCAGAUGUGGUUAAGUGGGGAUAUGGAGGGAAUGUAUACUCCGGUAGUGCUCUUUUAGACAUGUAUGCCAAGUGUGGUAGAGUUGGAGAUUCCUAUAGGGUGUUUCAAUACAUGCCCGAGCGUAAUUCUGUGUCUUGGAAUGCUUUGAUUGCUGGUUAUGCAGAAAUUGGUGAUCAGGAGAGUUGCUUCCGGUUGUUCAAAUUGAUGGAACAGGAAAGGGUGCCCCUUGAGGAUGGCACGUUUGUGCCGCUUCUGACUUUGCUCGACGACCCUGUGUUUUACAAAUUGACAAUGCAGCUCCAUGCCAAAGUUUUGAAGCUGGGGUUGGAAUAUCAGAACACUGUGCUCAAUGCCGGGAUAGCUUCUUAUUCAGGAUGUGGGUCUCUGGAAAGUGCUAAGAGACUUUUUGAUAGUGCUGUUGGAUACCGUGACUUAGUUACAUGGAAUUCCAUGCUAGCAGCUUAUUUAGAACAUAAUCAAGUAGAGCUUGCUUUUAAACUCUUCCUCGAAAUGGAACAGCUUUGUUUGGAAUUAGAUCUUUAUACUUAUACUAGCAUACUUAGUGCUUGUUCUGGAGAUGCACAAAAGAGUUGGGGAAAAUCUUUGCACGCCUUGGUGAUAAAGAGAGGAUUGGAACAAAUUACAGCUAUAUCUAACUCAUUAAUAGCAAUGUAUCUGAAGUCAAACAGCAGGGACAUGGGCGACGCUAUCAAAAUAUUUGACUCUAUUGAGAUUAAGGAUGGUGUUUCUUGGAACUCUAUUUUGACUGGUUUAUCACAUAAAGGGUUGAGUGAGGAUGCAUUGAAUAUCUUUUUGAAGAUACUGUUCAACAAGAUGGAGAUUGAUCACUAUACUUUGUCUGCUGCCCUUAGAUCUUGCUCAGAUUUGGCAUCUUUGCAAUUGGGUCAGCAGAUUCACGCGUAUGCUCUGAAAUCAGGCUUUGAAAGAAAUGAGUACGUGGCAAGUGCUUUCAUAUUUAUGUACUCUAAGAGUGGGAAUCUUGAGGAUGCUUGGAAGACUUUUAUGGCAUCACCUGGGAACAGUUCUAUUACUUGGAACUCAAUUAUGUUUGCCUAUGCACAACAUGGAGAUGGAAAAGUUGCAGUUGACCUUUUCUUUCAAAUGAUUGAGAAUAAAGUGAAGCUGGAUCACAUAAGCUUUGUGGCAGUUCUGACUGCAUGUAGCCAUAUAGGAUUGGUAGAUGAAGGUAUAAAGUUUCUAGAAUCAAUGGAACCUGUGUAUGGGAUUGCACCACGCAUGGAAAAUUAUGCAUGUGCAAUUGACCUCCUUGGAAGGGCUGGACGUAUAGUGGAGGCAAAGGAGCUGGUCAAAGCAAUGCCAUUUCAGCCUGAUGCUAUGGUAUGGAAAACUUUAUUAGGUGUCUGCAGGAAAUGCGGUGACAUUGAGAUGGCAACUGAGGUGGCAAGUCGCUUGCUGGAUUUAGAGCCUGGAGAACAUUGUACUUAUGUCCUUCUUUCUGACUUGUACGGCCAUCUUCAGAGAUGGGAUGAAAUAGCUAGUGUGAAGAAGCUAAUGAGGACAAGAGGUGUGAAAAAGGUUCCUGGUUGGAGUUGGAUGGAAGUGGAACAUGAGGUUCAUUCUUUCAAUGCAGAAGAUCAUUCACACGCUCAUUGUCAAGAGAUCUACGCGACAUUGAGACAAUUAAUGCAUGAAAUCAAAGUUGAAGAAGAAACUAGUAGUUUUUCAAGCGACCCUGAAGAUGUGGAUUACUGUGUAACUUAAGGUUGGUAUUCAGUUGGGAAAGGAGGUUUAUGUAUAUUGGCCUAGUAAUUUCAUCAUCGGCAAGUUUUGUGAUCUACUUGAGAACCAUCAGUGCAAUGAAACCUUCACGGAAGAGUUUGUUGGCGACAUGACUGCCAAAAUAUGCAGAAAACACCCCUCGGCUUAUGAAUUUACUUACUUUUGAGAAAAAUACAAAGGUCUACUGGCCCAAUGAAAACACAUGGUCAUUGCAUCGGCAGGCUGGUUACAGGGCUGCUAAAGAAAGAGAUUGCAACUCUCCGGAACAAGGUGGACAGGCAUCACUGCAAGAUAUCGAGACACAUGUAUCAGCAUCAAAGGGUGCAGUUGACAAAUCUCUUGGUGAGUGGGAUGAGGUUAGACAUUGUCGCGGACACGACCACCUCAAAGAUGCAAAGACCAGAGAUCUCGGUAAGAUUAUGAGGCCAGAUGGAGAGUGACUGGUAAUGUCUGAAUGCAAAUUAAGAUGAGGACAGCUCAAUGUGAUAUUUUGUGCAAAAUCAAAGAGUUGAGAUUUUCGCAAGACAUUCAGCUAGAAUAAUAAGCAUUUUGAGCCUUGCGUGUAUUAGUCAACAUGGCAAGAAACUGCUUGAAGCUAUAACAACCAGGAUAACUCAGAUGAAGGCAGCAGAACGCCUGGAUGAGGAUGGCAAAUCUCAACCAAUGGAAAGUUUCUCAAUGUUUAGAAGGCAUCAAUGCCGAUUCUGAGGAGUAGAGUGCAUGUUUGACCACGAAAUAAACAUGAAAAUGGAUUUUUUUUUUUUUUUUUACUUGAUCGCGGACUAUUAUUAUUUUUAGGACAAAGGGAGUGUAUAAUUUAUGCCUCGGCGAUUGUUUCAUCGGGUUGCAAAAGUAAUAGUAAUUUCCUCGUA